CCUGCAUAGACACGCUGGAAAACGUCCCUUGUGCCACUUCAAGGUUCUCUCAUAUAUCUGGUUGUUUCCCCCGCAUCUAGAGCGAACGGCUUCUGCUCCUCACCACCAGGCCGCCUCUUGACUUGCGGAACCUACGGAACCUACGGCAAACCAACUGUGCACACACACAAAUACACACAGAAACACAUAUACACACGGCGAGCGUUGCAUACACCGUCAUGGACCGUGCAGGACUCCUUCAAACGCUUGCCUCGGCGGAAGCGUCGCCGAGGAGACCGAUCCUGACCUACGUGAACGGCGACAACACCUGGCUCAUCUCGAUCCCGAGACCCGACGCCGGCGCGAGCGGUGGCGGCGGUAAGGCCUUCUACCACAUCCUGCUGGACCCCUGGCUCGGGGGUCACUCGGACAGCUUCUCCAAAUGGAUCCUGCGCAUGCGGCUCAAGCAGGACGCAGCGCUCGGCAGCAUCGGGGCCGUCGAGGACUGGAUCCGGGACACGGAGACGGCGUGCGGGGGCGCCAAAGGGGCCGAGGAGCGGUGGUGGCUCGACGCGGUGCUCAUCACGCACCUGAACGCCGACCACCUGCACGAGCCGACGCUGCGGACCUUUGACCCUUCCAUCAGCGUCUUCGCCGUGUCGGGCGCCGCCGCCGCGGUGUCGGCGCUGAAGCAUUUCGACAACGUUGCGGUCGUGCCGGACUUUGUUCGCGGCGAGACGUGGCCGGCCACCCCCGGGAUGCCCGCGUGGCUGUCCGUCUUCCGCCUCCAGGACGAGAAGGGCGCAUACCCGUACAUAUACCACGCCAUGAUCAUCGGGACGUCGUCGUCGUCGUCGGCGGCGGCGGCGGCGGACGGGGGCAAGGACGAGGUGAUCCUGUACACGCCGCACGGCGUGGAGCCCGAGAUGGUGGAGGCGGCGAUGAGGGCGAACCCGAAGGCCAGCAUCGUGGCGAUGAUGCACCCGCUCAACGAGUGCGGCGUCGGCGUCAUCUCCAAGGGGGUCGCGAACGGGCUGAAGAUUGAACGGCAGAAUGGCGUCCGCCACUGGGUCAACACGCACGACGACAAGCUCCAGUACACGGGGAUCCUGGGCUACUUCAUGCAAUACGGACGGAAGACGCUGGAACAGGGGCUCGAGGAGGAGGCCAGGGAGAAGGGCGGGGAGCAACGGAGGCCCAACUACGUCGUGGUCGGAAACGGCGGGAGUCACAUCUUGACUUGAACAAGAGUCCGUCAAAGUAGAUGAGAGAGAGACUCUGUCUGUGAUGAGGAGCCAGCGAUUAUGUUAGUAGUCUCUAGUUGUGUUUUUUCCAAUAAUAACAAUUGUGCAGACACCGCAGCGGAACGUUGUACUGUAACGCAACUCCACAACACAUUCCGCAGAUCGACAGGCCUGGCUGAUAAAACAGUUGCAACUCAAGAGUCGCU